AUGUUCAACUGGGCCAAGCAGCAGCUCGCCAACGUCGCCGGCACCCAGGAGCCCAUCUAUGGCCCCGAGGCCAUCCAGCCUGUCACCAAGCAGGCCGCCGAGACGCCCUACACCGAGCUCCAGAAAGAUGACAUGAAAUGGGUUGCCAUGGACUCGACCUGCGUCGAGACGCAGACCUUCUACCUUACCGCCGACAGCGGCCGCCUCGCCAUGGUCCAGGUCAUAUACAGCAAUGUAGCAGGCAUCCGGACGACGUGCCAGUUUAACUGCAAGAUCUUCUACCAAGACGGCAAGACGCCACACCUGUGGUCUUCCGACCCGCUCAACAACCAGCGCUUCGACGAUGCCAAGCUCAACUUCUACGCCGACAACUGCUCCGUCGAGCUCUCCCCCGAUGCCACAUCAUACACGAUCAAGUCGUCGACCAACAAGCAGAGCGUUGUGAGCUUGAAGUUCACCAAGACAGCCCCCGGUUUCGUCGUGGGCAAGAACGGUUCAAGCUACUUCGGCACCGACCCCGCCCACCCUUGGGGCUCGAUGAGACACGCCUUCUGGCCGCGGUGCAAGGUUGAGGGCAGUAUCCUGACCAGGGCCGGCGAGGUCGAUUUCGGCGGCAGGGGCUUCUUCGUGCACGCUCUGCAGGGCAUGAAGCCACAUCACGCAGCUGCGAGUUGGAACUUUGUCAACUUCCAGUCGCCUACAUACUCUGCCGUGAUGAUGGAGUACGUCACCCCUCCUUCGUACGGUUCGACCGUUGUCAGCGUCGGUGGCAUCGCGACCGAGGACGGGCUUAUUUUCGCCGGAGCAAAGAACACGGCCAUCCACACGGAGAAGAAGCAGGACACGGACAACGACUGGCCCGAGCCUGUCUCUGCAUCGUAUCUUUGGGACGGCAAGUCUGCGGAUGGCAAGGAUGUGCACGCGGAGCUCACCGGUUCCCUUGGGCCGCGUGUGGAUCGCGUUGACGUCAUGGCAGAGGUCCCGGGGUUCGUCAAGGCUAUUGUUGCCAGCGCGGCCGGCACCAAGCCUUACAUCUACCAGUACAUUCCCAAGUUGACGCUGAAGAUCAAGGUUGGUGAUGAGGAGAAGACUGAGGAGGGCACUCUCUUCACCGAGGCCACCUUCAUUUCGUGA